AUGGUCAAUCCCUCGAUUGUCAUUGUGCCAGGUGCAUGGCACCGACCUGCACACUUCCAGGGCCUCAUUGAUGAGCUCGUAAAGGCCAACUACGACGCAGAGGGUGUGACUAUGCCUUCGGUGGACUCCAGCCCGCCACUACCCACCUGGGAGCAAGACGCGCAAGCUGUGCGACAAGUGAUUAUGAAUAAACUGGAUGCCGGGAAGGACGUCGUCGUACUUGCACAUUCAUUUGGCGGCGUCGCCAUGUCAGAGGCAGCCAAGGGCCUAGGAAAGAAGAACCGAGAUGCACAGGGGUUGAAAGGCGGGAUUAUCAAGCUGGUCUACAUGUGCGCAAUGGCGUUACCGGAAGGCCAGUGCCAUGUCGGCCAGUUGGUCCCGCAGACGCCCGAGGAAGAAGAUAUCGAGCGUCAGCGCAAGGUGUUGGAGGAAAAGUUUGGUGGUCUAGAUGUGUCAGCGGACGGAGCAAUCAGCCUGCCGAAGGACCGUGUCCACCUCAUUUUUUAUAACCGCUGCGACCAGAAGGAUAUUGAUAGGGCUGUGGAGCUGCUGGGCACAUUCCCCGUGGGCCCGUUGACCGUUCCUGUCACAUACACUGCCUAUCGUGAUAUCCCGAGCACAUACAUUGUCUGCAAAAACGACCAGGCAUUGCGGGAGCCAUUCCAGCGAAGGAUGGUCGCGCAAGGCCAAGGCUAUUUUGAGGUGGAGGAAUGUGAUGAGGGCCAUUCCCCGUUCAUGAGUAACCCAGGCUUCAUCGUCGAUUGUGCGUCGACAUCUCCCGUGAAUCCACCACGGCGCCAAAACACAAGUUGUGAUCCGUGCAGACGUUCCAAGCGACGCUGUGUUGUUCAGUCGGAUCCAGACGGAAUCCUUGAUGCGAUCUGCGCAAAUUGCAGACGUCUAAAACGCCAAUGUACAUUCGAGUUCGCUAUAGCCCAGUCCAAUCCUUUCUCUCGCAAACGCCAGCGGCGCGACUGCGGGGAACCCGGUACAUCAACAACGCAGAAUGAAUCUAACGACUUUGAUACAACCACCGAGGAAGCCGCUGGGAGCCCGAGCAAUCGAUUUGAUGCUACCUCCAUCGCUGACCAAGAUGUUCUGGCGGCUUGGCUGAAUCUCGACUAUGAUGAGAUUACCGCGGAUAGCGUCAACUUGUUUUCAACCAAACUCGAGCCUUCUAAUUCAUUCAGCACGUUUCGUUCUGAGGACAUAUCGCCUGAGGAGAGCGAGCGUGACAGUCAACUUACGGUUAUCACGCCCCAACUCACUCGCUUGCGCGGAGGACAAAAUCCCGAAUCAACUAGUCACCAGCCAACGGUUGGCCUUUCAUUCGACAGUCCCAUCUACCUGCUGAAUUCUGGAAUAGACGCGAAGAUCUUUGGUGAUCGUCUUGCCCGGAUUUAUGAAGCAAUCGCAACAGCCAGUGCGUCAAGGUUUUUGGAAUAUGACUGCAAUCUUUAUGCGACUAAGAGUCGCUACCGGUUGGGAGACAGUGACUCAGGGAGCUCAAAUGGAUCGGCACCUACCAGCUCGACCAUGCAUCCAAUCACUAUCUUGCCCCGAGUCGCUUUUCCGGUAUCAUCACAAGCAAUGCCUUAUGAGAUUUCCUUAUUAGGGAGCGUUCGGUUCCUUGAUCAUUUGGGCGACCUAUAUGGCAAUCGACUGAACUCGGCUGCGCGGAAGAAAUCAGAUGAAACUUUCAAAGCGGUUCUUCGCGCAUUUUCAAUGCAAUGGUUGCCGAGCUCACCUUCCCCUUCCUUUGCAACGAGCUCAGCUUAUGAUCACUCUCGACGGAAUUCAAAUUCUGGAGAGGCAGGAGAUGAUUCUUCCUUGAAUGCCUUCAUUGAUGCUUGGGUACGGGCAAGAUCACUUCUCAACGAUGCGCACGAUGUCCGAUCAUUUCGAGUUGUUUUGGCAACACUCAUGUUUGUUGGGAUUGUCACACCAACUAAAAUAACCGAAAGAGAGGACCCCGUACCAAACCACUUUCUUGACACCGCGUUGCAAAAGUUAUCCUACUUGGAUGGACUAGUCACGCAAUACUGUGCAAACCUGGGACCAUCAUCUACGUAUGGUGCUCUUGCUGAAGCAACUUUAAGUAUUGUCCGGUGGACUGCAUAUAUCCGCGACACAGGCGCAGCCUUGGCUAUGGAUCGGCAAUGCAAACUUCCAGACCUGUGGGGUACUACGACAGUCCUUUCAGAUAAAGAGGCCGUGGCCGCAUUGGCCAUCUCUCAAAAUAUCCUAGAGUUGGAUGUCAAUGUUCAACCCAUCUGCCGAAAAGCCAGCGCAUGGAACUAUCAACGAACGCUCUUCAUCAACAAUGGAAGCGAUAAAUUUGAGCCUAGGGGCUGUUCUGCAUCAGAAAUUUCCGUUGUCUGUCCACCUGUCCUAGGAUAUCUCUUGGUAAGUUCCACUCCUAUAAAUUCGCUCACUAGUCUUUUGUCCUGCAUUUCUCUCAUUGGUAUCUCGCUGACAGCUUAUGCCUUAGUUUCCCUCGUGAUGUUUUGGAACCUUGGCAUUUUUCUUCUCGUCGAAGUCUUCAAAAGGGUGACCAAAGACCUUGAUCCUUCUGCCGAACAAGAUUUAGGGCCCGCUGUCCGGGAAUACCAGAGCGACGCAGCCUCGUGCAUGGCACAGGUAGUUGAAUGUGUACUCAACUUACCCGCCGAAGAGGCCUUCAACCUCCAAAAUGGACUAGGUGCCGAAGUCCCCCUCACCGCAUAUCAUGUCACUCCUAGUUUGACCGUCACGGCGCUUCAAAGGGCUAUUGAGAGUGUGAUAGACCUGCAGCUUUGCUCUAGUUUUAAUGAUGAUCUAUCAGAUGACGCGAAGUUUUUGAUACCGGACGGGAUCUGGAAUCGACAAAUUGACAUCCUCAUGAAAGGACUCAUGUCGCUUGAUGUUACUAUUGGCGGGUCGCAGACCUGUGGUGUGGCCCUUGCGGGGUUGAUGCAGAAACACGGGGACAUACUAUCUGAGUGCUGGACUUCAGGGUUCGAAUCAUGA